AUGUGCUCUAUAGACCCCUAUCAGUACAUUGUGGUUGAACAUCAGUACUCUCACAGAUUCAAAGUGACUGUGCUGAGGGCAGAGAAUGUUACUAAAGGAGCAUUUGGAGAUCUUUUGGACACUCCGGACCCCUAUGUGGAGCUGUGCGUUCCGACAUCUCCUGAGUCACGAAAGCGGACACGGCACAUAGACAAUGACAUAAACCCUCUGUGGAAUGAGACAUUUGAGUUUAUACUGGACCCUAAUCAGGACAAUGUACUGGAGGUGACAUUAAUGGAUGCAAACUAUGUCAUGGAUGAAACUCUUGGGACAACUAAAUACUCAAUUUCAAAACUCAAAGUGGGUCAAACAGAACAGGCUCAAGUCUCUAUUGGCAAGACAACCAAAAUAUAUCUGGAGAUGCUGCUGGAGGUGUGUUCGUCUACAGACCUGCGUUUCAGUAUGGCCCUGUGUGACAAAGAGAAGCUGUUCCGUCAAGUUCGACGAGACAGAGUCAUGUUGGCCAUCAAGAAGCUCUUCAGCACGGAAGACAGGCGCUUCUUGCCAACCUCUCAAAGAGAGGUCCCUAGCAUUGCCAUACUGGGUUCUGGAGGGGGUUUCCGGGCCAUGGUGGGUUUCUCUGGAGUGAUGAAGGCUCUGUAUGAAUCUGGAGUGCUGGACUGUGCUACAUAUGUUGCUGGACUCUCUGGAUCCACGUGGUACAUGUCUACGCUCUACUCACACCCAGAGUUCCCAAACAAGGGCCCUGGGGAGAUUAACCAGGAGCUGAUGAAGUGUGUGAGCAGCAGCCCAUUGAGACUCCUCAUGCCUCAGCAUAUCAAGCGUUACAUUAAAGCCCUGUGGAAGAAGAAAGCCGCCGGACAGCCUGUCACCUUCACUGACAUCUUCGGCAUGCUCAUUGGAGAGACGCUCAUCCCUGGGCGGAUGGACACUAAACUAAGUCACAUGCAGGAGAAGGUGGACGAGGGCCAGACCCCCCUUCCGCUGUUCACGUGUCUGCACGUCAAGCCCGAUGUGUCUGAACUCAUGUUUGCAGACUGGGUGGAGUUCAGUCCUUAUGAGAUUGGUAUGGCCAAGUAUGGUACAUUUAUGGAUCCAGGACUCUUUGGCAGCAAGUUUUUCAUGGGAAGUGUUAUCAAGCAGUAUGAGGAGAACCCUUUGCACUUCCUAAUGGGUGUGUGGGGCAGCGCUUUCUCCAUCCUCUUUAACCGUGUACUGGGAGUUAAAGAAACUACUGGAGGGAGUACAAUGGAAGAGGAACUAGAACAAAUUAAACCCGAGCACAUUGUUGGUAAUGACUCGACAGACAACGAAGAUGAACCACGCAGGGCGGGCACGGAGAGUGUGGAGGUGGAGGACGAGAGACAGCGGCAUGCCCAGGCCAGCUGGGUGCAGCGCAUGUUUACCUCCAUGGUUGGUGACUCCACCCUCUUUAACACACGUGAGGGGCGCGCUGGUAAGGUACACAACUUCAUGUUGGGCCUUAACCUCAACUCGUCCCUGCCUUUCUCUCCCUUCCACGUCACGUAUCAGUCGUCCGUGGACGAAGAAGUGGACGCAGUAACAGAUCCUGAUGAGUUUGAUCGGAUCUACGAGCCACUGGAUGUGAAGAGUAAGAAAAUCCAUGUAGUAGACAGCGGUCUGACCUUUAACCUGCCGUACCCCCUGAUUUUGCGGCCACAGCGAGGAGUUGACCUCAUCAUCUCCUUUGACUUCUCUGCCAGACCCAGCGACUCCAGCCCUCCAUUCAAAGAGCUGUUGCUGGCAGAAAAAUGGGCACGUAUGAACAAGCUGUCAUUCCCAAAGAUUGACACUAAAGUGUUUGACCGAGAGGGUCUGAAAGAAUGCUAUGUCUUCAAACCCAAAAAAGGCGACAAGAGCUGUCCGACAGUCAUCCAUUUUGUCUUGGCCAAUAUAAACUUCAGGGAGUUUAAAGCACCAGGAGUGCCUCGGACAACAGACCAGGAGAGGGAGUUUGCAGACUUUGACAUAUUUGAUGAUCCUGCAUCACCAUACUCCACAUUCAACUUCCAAUACUCUAACCAGGCCUUUAAACAGCUUCAUGACCUUAUGGAGUUUAACACUCUCAACAAUAUUGAGGUCAUUAAAGAUGCAAUCAAAGACUGCAUUUUGCAAAGGAGAGAGAACCCAUCACGCUGUGCCGUGUCCUUCUCGCUCAGUGAAAUUGAAAACAAGAAAUUCCUGAAAAGACAGUUGAACACGAUAAAAGGAGCACACUCCCAGUGA